AUGGCCUCGGCGCUCUUCUUUCUAGACCUCAAGGGCAAGACCCUUCUCGCCCGCAACUACAGGGGCGACAUCCCCAUGUCCGCCGUCGAAAAGUUCCCCGUCCUCCUCUCCGAAGCCGAAGAAGAAUCGUCCGCCGUCCCCCCCUGCUUCUCCCACGAGGGCGUCAACUACCUCUACAUCCGCCACAAUAACCUCUAUCUCCUCGCCCUCACCAAGCGCAACACCAAUGCCGCCGAGAUUCUCCUCUUCCUCCACAAGAUCGUCGAGGUCUUCACCGAGUACUUUAAAGCCCUCGAAGAAGAGUCGAUUCGCGACAACUUCGUCAUCAUCUAUGAGCUCCUCGACGAAAUGAUGGACUUUGGCUACCCCCAGACCACCGAGUCCAAGAUCCUGCAGGAGUACAUCACCCAAGAAUCCCACAAACUCGAGGUCCAGGCCCGCCCGCCCAUCGCCGUCACAAACGCCGUCUCCUGGCGCUCCGAGGGCAUCCGCUACCGCAAAAACGAGGUCUUCCUCGACGUCGUCGAGAGCCUCAACCUGCUCGUCAGCUCCAACGGCAACGUCUUGCGCAGCGAGAUCCUCGGCGCCAUCAAGAUGAAGUGCUACCUGAGUGGCAUGCCCGAGCUGCGCCUGGGGCUCAACGACAAGGUCAUGUUCGAGACGACGGGCCGCACCACGCGCGGCAAGGCUAUUGAGAUGGAGGACGUCAAGUUCCACCAGUGCGUCCGUCUGUCACGCUUCGAAAACGACCGCACCAUCUCCUUCAUCCCUCCCGACGGCGAGUUCGAGCUCAUGUCGUACCGCCUCAACACCCAGGUCAAGCCCCUCAUCUGGGUCGAAUGCGUCGUCGAGUCCCACUCGGGCUCCCGCAUCGAGUACAUGCUCAAGGCCAAGGCCCAGUUCAAGCGCCGCAGCACCGCAAACAAUGUCGAGAUCAUCGUCCCCGUCCCCGACGACGCCGACUCGCCCCGCUUCCGCACAAACAUCGGCUCCGUCCACUACGCCCCGGAGCAGAGCGCCAUUGUCUGGAAGAUCAAGCACGUCCGGGGCGACGACGAGCACGGCGGCGGCAUGACGGGCGGCUUCGGCGGGAGCAUGGGCGGCGUCGGUGGCAUGGGCAAGGGCGCCAAGCGGCCCAUUCAGGUCAAGUUUGAGAUUCCCUACUUCACCACGAGCGGCAUUCAAGUGCGGUACCUCAAGAUCACGGAACCAAAGCUUCAAUAUCCCUCCCUGCCGUGGGUUCGCUACAUUACGCAGUCGGGCGAUAUUGCCGUCCGGCUUCCCGACGCUGUCUGA